AUGAUGCUCACGUCCUCCCCGUGCCGCGCGACGCGCGCCGGUCGCGCCGCCGCGACGACGCGCGCCGCCUCACUGUUUGCUCAUACGACGACGACGCGCCCGCGUCGCGCGUCCAAGUCGUCGUCGUCGUCGUCCACGUCGGAUGUCGUCGUCGUCGGCGUCGACGGCACCGCGGCGAUCGCGCGACGCGCGCGCGAGCGUCUCGCCGCCACCGCGCUCGCGGCCGCGAUGGCGCUGUCGCCGGUCCUCGCGACCGCCCCCGACGCGUUCGCGGCGUCGUGCCAGUCGUCGUGCGAGUCCGAGUGCUUGAAGAUCGCGCCGGGGAGCGGCGACUACUGCUCCUCCGCGUGCGCGGACGAGUGCGUCGCGUUGAAGAAGGGCGACUUUGAAAACUUGCUCGACAAGAUGCUCGACACGCAAAAGGUUUUCUUCGUCGGGCCGUCCUCCGCGAUGAAGCAGGCGAAGGGCGAACAGGGACAACAGUGA